AUGAGUAUUGCUGAUGCCUUUGAAUGUACCAUUGAUUUUGAUGGACAGCGUCUGGUAGAUAAGUUGAUGCACAUUUUGUUAAUAGUUACUGGUAUCAUAAGCUUCGUGUCUGGUUAUUCUACACAAUCACUUCAAGUACUCUUGAUUGCAUUUGCAUCUGGAUUAGGUGUCACUGCAUUGGCGGUUAUUCCUCCAUGGCCAAUCUAUAACAAGCAUCCUCAACCAUUUAUCCAAAAUGAUACCAAAGAAUGA